AUGUCGCUCUACAACUUUUUACCAGCAUUCAGAGCAUACCUCCCUGGAGAACACAAAAGAAUUUUAAAAAUUAAUGAGGAACUUAAAGAUUUCAUUUUGGAAAGAGUGAAGGAGCAUCAGAAGGUACUGGACCCCAACAACCCUCAGGACUACAUUGACUACUACCUCUCCAAAAUGCAGCAGGAGAAAGAUAAUGCUCAGACUGAAUUUGACUUGGAAAAUGUAAAAAUGACAGGAGUAGAUUUAUUUAGCGCAGGAACAGAGAACAAGCAGUAG